UCCUCCCGCUUGGACCUCCAAAGUGUUGGUAUUACAGGCAUGAACCACCAUCCCAGCCACCUCUCCAGUUUUCCAUUGGACUCUUCUCCUCUGCCCUCUUCUAGUAACAUUGCGGCCACGCUUCCGCAACUAAAGGCAAGAGUCCAUAGCAACGAUCCCCCUUUCUCUGCACGCGGGCCGCUUUCCUGCGGAAACUACACUUCCCAGAAUGCCCCGCGGGCCGGAGGGCGCGCGCGGCGCUGUUUCGUGGGACCAGGAUUGAAACAAGAUGGCGGGCUCGUGGUGAGAAGCUGUCAAGGAGUAGAAAUUGGUAUGCUUAGAAGCAGGUUUUAAAAGCAGUUUCUCUUCAAAACAUCUUUUUUCAUACCACUUGAUAAGCAUCUUGAAACACCAUGGCUGUAGCUGCAGUAAAAUGGGUGAUGUCAAAGAGAACUAUCUUGAAACAUUUAUUUCCAGUCCAAAAUGGAGCUUUAUAUUGUGUUUGUCAUAAAUCUACGUAUUCUCCUCUACCAGAUGACUAUAAUUGCAACGUAGAGCUUGCUCUGACUUCUGAUGGCAGGACAAUAGUAUGCUACCACCCUUCUGUGGACAUUCCAUAUGAACACACAAAACCUAUCCCUCGGCCAGAUCCUGUGCAUAAUAAUGAAGAAACACAUGAUCAAGUGCUGAAAACCAGAUUGGAAGAAAAAGUUGAACACCUUGAGGAAGGACCUAUGAUAGAACAACUUAGCAAAAUGUUCUUUACUACUAAGCACCGUUGGUAUCCUCAUGGACGGUUUUUACUCAAUGAAGCCUUCCCUGACCAGCUUAUUCAUCGUAUUUUCCUAUAUCCUGUAUUGGAAUGUAAGAUCCAUGAAAGUCGGGAUUUUUAUCUUGUUUUGUGUACUACAGAAUCAUUAGGAUCUACACAUAGUAGGUAUCACAGAUGUCGUAAGAAUCUGAAUCCUCCAAAAGACAGAUGAUGCUGAGGUUCCUGGGGGAAUCAAAGAGAAAUGUGCCUCAUUUGCCAUUUGAGAAAAUGCAGUCUGGUAUAUUCAGUAAUGUAUAGUAAAGUAAUAAUGAUAAAAUAUCUUUUCAUAUAUUAGAAUGUGUACUUUUAUAUAAAGUAAUUCCGGAUUUGACAUUCUCAUUUAGAGAAACCUAUUUUAUUUUUUCUUUUUCGCUUUUAGUCUUUCAUUUAUGUACAGUUUCCAAUUUAGGACUUUUCCAUAGUGCCAAAUCCAUACAUAUUCAGUAGAACAUCAAUAAAUUACAUCAGAAAUUCAACACUUUAUUAUAAAACGGGCUUCGUGUUAGAUAAUUUUGCUCAACAGUAGGCUACUGUAAGUGUUCUGAGCAUAUUUAAGACAGGCUAGCAUUUUCAAUUUAGAGUAUUUUCAACUGAUAGUAGGUUUAUUGGUAUGUAACCCUACCAUAAGUUGAGAAACAUCUCUUUUUGUGUGUCUACUGUGAUUUAAUCAUCAGCCAAGCAUUGUUAGUAGUAUGUAUAUGAUUAAUAAAAACGUGCAUGGCUUUCC